CUCGACCCUCUCAGACGGCAGUCAUGGCUCGCUGCAGGAGUUACUUGCGAGGACUGGCAAUCUGUGUCACAGUGUUGCAACUGGUGUCUGGUGUGGUGAUGAUCGGCGUCGGAUUUUCCUCCAUCGACGGAAACAUACCGGUUGCUGAGUUGUUUGACCAGUUGUCCAGUAGCGAUGGUUUACUGGUCCUGCAGGUGUUUGGUCCAAUCACUGUGGUUUUGUCUGUUCUGGGGAUCACUGCUGCAUCUUUGGACCUCAAACCUCUGCUGCUGGUGUUUUCUGCUCUGGUCUUCAUCGAGUUUGUGGCUCUGAUGGUCGUUGCGUCGCCGCUGGUUCAGGUUCAGACUCAGAUGGACGGUGAAGUGGACGAGGUGUUUCUGAACGUGACCCCCCUCUACAGAACAGAUCCUUACAUCCAGACUGAACUAAACAAACUCCAGGCCUCAUACUCUUGUUGUGGUUUGAGGAACUUUGAAGACUGGCAGGAUCAACUUCCUGACUCCUGCUUCUGCACGCCUCCCACCUCCGACCUGGAAAAGAGCUCUCGACCCAGUAACUCCAGCUCAGAGGGGCCCUGUGUGAUGGUAGACAGCGACCAUUACCUUCCAACCCGACAGGUCACAGAUAAAUUAUGGGUUCACUCGGAGCCCUGUGGGCCCAUCCUGAAGAACUACCUAAGCUUCCCCAUCAAACUCAGGAUAGGAAUCAUUUCAGCUGUUGCCACCAUUAUGAUGGCGGCCAUUGCUCUGUGUCUGGCUUUGGGUCUGGAGGAAUAUUGGAAGAAGCCACCGGUAGAAACCACAGUUGAUGACUUCAACAGAGUGAAAUAUGAACCCAAGCCCACCCUCACCUGACCUCUGACAUCUGACCCGUCACCCAAAACUGAGGCAUCGAUACAUACAUGCUGGUGGUGGUCGAAGACUUCAAUAAAAACCGUGUCAUCCAGGUUUUAUGGGAAUCUGAAAAAGUUUUCAAAACAGUGUAUUUAUAUUUGACUUGAUCUGUGAUGAUUGAAUGUAAUCACAGGAAAUUUCUAAAGAUGGUUCCAACUCUAAUACACACAACAUCAAGUUAAAGAAAAGAGUAUUCCAACUCACUCCUGGGCUUUCUGUCGUCAUAAUAGCAUCACAGUCUGAGGUGGGCAAGAACACAAUGGGGCACCUUUGAGUAUGAAGCCUUUUCACCAGCAGUUUUUAGGGGAAAUCUGACAUUUGAGAUGAUGAGCCAAUCAGAUCUUGAGGCCCCAAAAUUUGCCUUUCCAUUAUUUCUCUUCAGGACAAGAUAUUUUAAACUAGGGAUGAGUCAAAAAACACAGUGAACUCCAGAGUCAAGACGAGCUCAGACACUUCUUAUCUCUGCUUUUGAACAGAUGUUUGAAAACUUCAUCCAGAGCUACGACUCCUCUGAGAGAACCCUUUAUUCUAAACUAAUAACAAGUAGAACUAGAGUGGCUGCUGGUUGUGAUGAAAUGUUUGACUCUUGUCUUUGGUGCUUUACCGAUAAAGUUUUCUCCUGUUUACUUAAAAGCUUGCACCAGUAACGUUUGUGUGGUCUUUAACUGUCGUUCCCUCCUGCAGCCACAAGGUGGCAGCAACGCGGUGAACACGCUGUGCAGCGGGUCACUGUUUGGGCUGUUUCUGGUUAAAGUGAGGAGGGUCUCUGCACAGCUUCAAUCACUGAAAGCUUCAGCGCUGAAACUCUAGAUGUUCUGCAGGGAAACUCUCUUCAUGUACAGCAUUUACUACUACACACUCAGCGAGCACUUUAUUAGGAACACCGCACUGAUCCUGUAGGGCCUUCCUCUGCGUGGCAUGGGUGUUUAUUUUUCAGGCAAAAUGUUCUGUAAGUAAAAGUAUUUGUUGUGCAGUAAAAUGAUGCCAACAAAUCCUAUUAAAAGUCUGUGUGUGACUAUGUGUAUAAAUCCUGAUAUAUCUAUUAAAACACA